UGACAUUAAGUGUCACAAAAUCGUGCACAAUUUUUCGGGACAUGACAAAUCAUACACAAAACAAACUUUUCAUCGAGAUAUGGUUUUUUAAAGUUAAUUUUCUCACGUUUUAAUGAUGGAUAAAAAGCAAAAGAAAGGUUCGUCGAAAAAUGCAAAGCCCGCCAAAAAAAAUGCCGUCGAGGAGAAAACAGUGCGACCACAACCGAAGGCAACCAAAUCAUCAUACGACUUGCCGGCUGUGAUCAGUAAAGACACACUUUUACUUGAUUAUGACUACAAUAAACAGUAUUCAAAACGGAAUGUGGUAAGCAAUUGGGAUAGAUACGCUGAUAUUCGGGACGAUGACGAUGAUGACAAUGGACAAUUAUCUGCUGCCGACUUUGAACAACUCUUAUCUGCAUCCAAAUCAAUUGGUGAUCAUUUUACAUUUUCCGCUGAACGAACGUGGUUGCAGUCUGUCGAUGCCAAUCAAACUGAUGAGAAUUCAAUGGCAUCGGAUUUAUUUAAAUUGAACAUUUCGAAUUUAAAGAAUGGCAUCAGUCGAUUACCGUUUUACAAGAGGCAAGAUUUGUCUCAAGAUAUAUUUACAAAUGAAGAAAUCACCAAUUUGAACCAUAGAGCUAAAUUCUUUGAUAAGAACGAAAGCAAUCGAAAAGUAUCGACAGACAAUCAACUCAUUAAUAAUCCGACGAAGAAAAUUGUGGAAAAAUCGCCAAUUGAAAGUGAUUUGGUGCACUCUUUGCAGAAAACAGAGCUUAGUGAUAAACCUAUGGAUACAGCAUCUCUUCCCACAACAUCGGCUAGUAGCAGUGUGGCUCCACUGCCAGUCAAACCACCCAAGAUUAAAUCAAAUAAAACUGAAGACAUUCAAGAUUGGCUAGAUGAUAUUUUAAAUGAAAGUUAAUAUUUGUUCAAUUGUAAAAUGCUUUUUAUAUAUUAAAUCUAUACGUGAGUUUUAUUAACAAA